UGAAGUGGCUUGCUAUGGUUAUGAAGGUAUCGAUGCUGUAAAAGAAGCCCUGAGAGCAGGCUUGAAUUGUUCUACGGAAACUAUGCCCAUUAAGAUUAAUCUAAUAGCUCCUCCAAGGUAUGUAAUGACUACAACAACUCUGGAGAGAACAGAAGGCCUUUCUGUCCUCAAUCAAGCUAUGGCUGUUAUCAAAGAAAAGAUUGAGGAGAAGCGGGGAGUGUUCAAUGUUCAAAUGGAGCCCAAAGUGGUCACAGAUACAGAUGAGACUGAACUUGCAAGGCAGCUGGAACGACUGGAGAGAGAAAAUGCAGAAGUGGAUGGAGAUGAUGAUGCAGAAGAAAUGGAAGCCAAAGCUGAAGAUUAACUUUGUGGGAAGCAAAGUCCAAUUUAAGGAACACGAAGCAGCCCCUCCUAGCUGCAAACUCUAGACUUGAAAGUUUUCCAGUAUUGAAAACUUCAAAGCUGAAUAUUUCUUUUUUCCAAGUAUUUAAAUAUUCCAACAGACCAGAACAUCAAAUGCCCUCCUAUUUUGUCAGCUGUUUUCAUGCAGUAGUUCCGUCACACUAAGUAUGUUUUAAGCACAUGGCUUAAUUUGACUAGAGACAAAUAAGCUAAAAACAGUCCUAAAAUUAGGCUUAUGAUUUCUAUCAAUUUUAUAUGUCUCAAAAUUGGCACUCUUUGUAUUUCAGUGCCUCCAUGAGAUUUACCAGGGCACCCAAAACAGCAGUCCCAAACUUUCUAUAUAGAAUGUAUUCCAGCAAACGUCAAAUAAAUUUCUGGAAUAUUUAACUAUA